CGCAUGGUCCAUAAGAUAAAUUUUCUAGAAAAAUCGAGAAAAUGCUGUGAAAAUGUAAACAAUGGUAAUCGGCUAUAAUGAUCAGCGCCAUCUGUUGUGCGCUUUUUCACGGCUGAAAAAUUUCUCAAUAAGAAUUCGAUUCAUACCACACGGAUUUUCUCGGCGAAAAACACCCAUUUAAAUUUAUUAUGGAAAAUUUGCGGUUAUUUUCAAACUAAGGCAAUAAACUAGGCCACUUUUUAAAUGAAAAUAUUGUAAAAAUUUCAUCGUUUUAUCCAAAAUUCUUGGGAAAAAAUCAAAUUACCAAAGCUCGCCUCAUUUUAAAUACUAUUCUGGAACGUAUUUAAAGAAGAAACCAAAAUCUGGAAUAAGAAUAAGGAACACACGGAAAUCGCUGUAUGUGUAUGAAUUCUUUGUUUGCUGUUGAUACAUGAUCGGCUUGAUCGUAAACAAAAUCGAGUUUGGCUUGGUCUUCUGUCAAAAAUAUGUAGAAUCACUGUUUCUUGUCCAAUUUAUGCUGUAUGUGCAGAAAAUUGAUCGGCAAACAUCCGAUAUCGUCGACUUGAACGUAAUUUUGGACGCAAAUAUUCGGAUAUUCUUGGAUUAUUGGAUAAGAAAUUGAAGGAAAGGUAUUAAAAAGAGAAGAGAAAAUUACUGUCGCGUGUAGUGGAUGAUUUUCUGGUAAAGGUUAGAAAAAAAAAUCGACAGUAAUGUAUCCUGUUCAAUCACGAAUUGGUCUAUUGUAUGGCCACAAAUCAUUGGUCAAUUUGACAUUAUUUCGCCAAGUGAGCUCAGUAAUCGAGUCGAAGGCUGAUGUCGGUGUAAAUUUGGAUGCAGAAUGGGAAACAGCUUUACCUUAUAAAAGAAUGCCAGGACCCAGCAAAUAUGAAUUACUACGAGGAUUUUCACCUGGAGGGAAAUAUCACGAUUUGCAAAUCGUCGAUAUGCAUCGUGCAAUGAGAAGAGAUUUCGGUGAUGUUGUUCGCAUACCUGGGCUAUUGGGACGAGCAGACACUGUACUUACGUUCAAGCCAAGCAUUUUUGAAAAAGUGUUUCGAACAGAGGGCCCACUUCCCCAGCGUCGUGGCCUAGAAACCUUUAAAUAUUAUCGGAAAAAAAUGCGACCGGAAGUGUUUGGUGAAACCGGCGGUUUAUUGAGCGAACACGGUGAAAAGUGGCUUGACGUACGAUCGAAAGUGAAUCCGGUGAUGCUUCAACCAAAGACCGUUAAGAUGUACGUUGAAAAAGUGGAUCAAGUGGCAUGUGAAUUCUUGGAUAAAGUGAAAAGAAUCCGUAACACACAAACUAUGGAGAUGCCAUCCAAUUUUGGUCACGAAUUAAAUUGUUGGGCACUCGAAUCGAUCGGUUUGAUUGCGCUCGAUCAAAGAUUGGGCAUUCUGGAGAACGCUGAAGAUGUUCAUGGUCGAGUUAUUAUCGAUAGUGUUAAAGACUUUUUCAUUCUGGCUUAUGAGCUUGAUGUAGCCGUAUCAUUCUGGAAGUACUACAAAACGCCCAAGUUCUACAAGUUGAUGAAUGUGUUUGAUCAAAUGACGGAAACGAUUAUGUAUUACAUUGACAAAGCUGUAGCACGACUGGAUGCAGAAGAUCGCUCAAAAAUCAAUGCAAACGAUCGAGGUGUACUCGAGAAAUUAUUGCUAAUCGAUCGACAAAUUGCCAUCGUUAUGGCUUUCGAUAUGAUUUUAGCUGGUGUCGAUACUACUUCAGCAGCGCUGGUGAGUUGUCUGUGGCACUUGGCAAAGAAUCCGGAUAAACAAGUUCGAUUGCGUGAAGAGGUGCUCAAAUAUUUGCCAUCCAAAUCAACGAAAUUGACACCGGAGAGUUUGAAUAGUAUGCCAUAUAUGAGAGCUGUUUUAAAAGAGGCACUUCGUAUAAGUCCAGUUUUAGCUGGAAAUGCUCGGCAAACCGGCCGUAACAUCGUACUAAAUGGCUACCGUGUUCCCGAAGGUUGUGUCUCAUUAUCUCCCUCUCCAAAACAGACGGAAGUAGCAAUGGCAACCGUUGUUUUACAAAAUGACCCCGACUAUUUUCCAAAAACUGACGAUUUCAUUCCGGAGCGUUGGAUCAAAGGCGACCCUCUAUAUGAUGAAUCAAAAAUGCACGGCAACAAUUCAUUCGUGUACCUACCAUUCGGAUUCGGUCCACGAUCAUGCGUCGGUCGGCGAUUCGCCGAAAUGGAAAUUUUCAUAUUACUUUCAAGAAUCAUUCGCGAGUUCAAUAUUGAGUAUCAUUAUGGACCACUGAAGUAUAAUACGAGCAUCAUUCUAGCGCCGGACGAAGAUAUUAAAUUCAAAUUCACUGAUACCGAUCAAUGAAAUGAAAAAUGAUGAGAAGAAAAAAAAAACAAGACGUGCUGUAGUCAAUUAUUCAGUUACCAAUGGGGAAUAUUUGCAGCUGAAACGAUGUUUCGUUGCCGUUGCUGUUGCAAUAAAUGACUCACACACAUACUUUAAAGCAUUAAAAGUACAUAUGUUUAAAGUGUAA